AUGCCUAUUGAGAGAGAUUUGGAUCAAGCCAAAAAGGCUCUGUAUGAAGAUAAAGAGUACUUACAAGUUGUUUCACUAUGUGAUGGCAUUUUAAAGGAAUCCAAUGAAAAUAUUAUGGCAUUAAUUUAUAAAUCGACAGGUUUGGAAAAGCUUUACUUUUCGACGGUUGAUUGGCAUAAUCCUGACACGCUAGAGUCAUCGAGAGAUUUGUUAACAAAAGCUUUAAACAUCGCUACGCAUAGAGGUGAUAGGGGUAAAAUAGGUCUAAUUCAUUUUAGAUUUUUUGUUCAUUACUUUAACUUAAAGAAGUAUGAGGAAGCGAAGAAGAACAUGGAUUCUUGUAAAGAGUUUGGAUAUACUGAUGAUACGUUGUUCAUGUGGGAAAUGAAUUUGGAGAAGAAACUGAAAAAAAUUCAAUCAAAGUUGAAUCAAAGUCCAAAAGAGCCAGAUAUUUUGAAGAAGACAUGUAAAGCUGAAGUUUCACCAUUAGAAGAAACAGCUGGAGUACCUGAAACUGAUGAAAUUAAGUACAGAGUUGAUUGGUAUCAAACCAAUAAAAGUAUCAAUAUUUCGAUAUUUACGAAAUCUUUACCGCAAACAAAAGAAGAUAUUAAAAUAUCUUAUGACAAUAACAGUAGAAAUAUGGAGAUUACAUAUCCGGUAAAUGAAAGUAAAUUAACCUUUAAAAAAACCAUGACAUUAACACACCCAAUCGAACCAGAUAGCAUAGCAUAUGAAUUAACCGCCAGAAAAAUUGAAGUUAUUAUAUCCAAAGAAGAUAAAACAAUAAAUUGGAAAACACUAGAAGCUACAAGUAACGUAGAAACAACUACUAGAGGACAUAAUUAUACAUCUGCUGACUCAAAUACUGAUUCAGCUUCGAAGAAUCGAAACCCUUCAGCAUCAAAAAUUGAUUGGUCAAAAAUUGAUUUAGGUAGUGACGAGGACGAUGAUGGUAUAGAUAAUUCAUCUGCAGAUGCAUUCUUUCAAAAAUUAUAUGCAAAUGCAGAUCCAGAUACUAAGAGAGCAAUGAUGAAGUCUUUUGUGGAAAGUAACGGCACUGCAUUGAAUACCAAUUGGGAUGAUGUUAAACAAGGUAAAGUUGAAACUUCACCACCUGAAGGCAUGGAGCUUAAAAACUUCUAA